UAAACAAUUGGUUACAAAAUGAUCCAUUAUGCAUUGAAGUAAUUGACUUUAGUUCAGAUAGAUACCAACUCCCAGAAAAUAACUAUAAAGAUCUUGUGGGAGAAAAGACCGAUAUAAGAGAUUUAAUCAAAAGUGACAGAAUUAAAAAAUUAUGUACCGAUUUUGUAAUUGAAGAAGAAUAUGAUAAAGAAUAUGUAAUAAGAGAAAUUAUCAAUGUAUUUCUACAAGAAAUAAAACUAAAUGUGCUUCAUAAGGUUUCUCAUAGCUCAAAAAAUUCUCUUGUAGAAAUUAUAGCACAGUUAUUAGACACUACUAU